GCAGCAAGGCUUCUAUGGACUUCCCGCUGGCUUCCAGGGCGGAGCGAUGCCUCAGGGCGUUCCCCAAGGCAUGCCGCAGGGGAUGCAGGGAAUGAUGCCGCAGGGGAUGCCGCAGGGGAUGCAGGGGAUGGUCCCUCAAGGCAUGCAAGGGAUGAUGCCGCAGGGCAUGCCGCAGCAGGGCAUGCCGCAGUACGUGGUGGCAGGAGCUCAACAGUUUGAGCAGGCGUACCAGAAUCCUCAGGCAUACAUCCAGCAGCUCCCGAAUCAGCAAGGGUUCCGACAAGUCGUGCAGGGAGCUGGGAUACCCGGGAUGAUGCCAGUGCAGCAGGGAGGUCAGGGAGCGCCCAUGCAGGGAGUGCCGAUGCAGUUCCAGCAAGGGUUCGCCCAGAUACCCGGCAUGCAGGCGGCGCCAGGGCAGUACGCUCAGCAGAUGGGAGGCUACAUGGGCGGACAGAUGGAUCCGUCCAAGGCACAGCAGUACAUUCAGAAGUUGCCUGGACAUUAUCAGAUGUGAACUAGCGUCAUGUGCGCGGUUUUUCGCGAGGUUUGAAUAGGUUGAGUGAAAGAGUCAUGUU